ACCCGAGUGAUGUCUGAGAAUUCCAGCGACAGUGACUCCUCCUGCGGCUGGACCAUCAUCAGCCCUGAGGGCUCUGACCCAGAGAUGCUGACAUCCGUCCAGAGCGCAGACAGCUGCAAGCUGGGCCUGGAGGAGCUGCUGGAGCUGCACCCGAGGCCGGGAGGGAGCAGCCAGGAUGACACAUCGCUCACGGGAGAAGCUGCAGGUCUGGCUGUUGAGACAGAGGAGGAAAGGUCCCCUGAAGACAACGUCUGUUUUGGAGCUGCCAGCGAUGACUCUGAUAUCGUCACCCUUGAGCCUCCUAAGUUAGAGGAGAUUGGAAGCCAAGACACCAUGAUGGCUGAGGAGAUGCGCGCUUCUGGGGACUUCAGCAUGGGCUCCUCUUCCAGCAGCCAGUACACCUUCUGUGGGCCGGAAACCGCAGGGUGGUGGGCGAAGCUGUGGAAGAUCCCUGUGUGCAUAAGGGCGUGGGAUGCCUGGCUCAGACGCCCCACUGCGGGCCAGCGCGCCCCGCAAGUGUUUUCAUCUGAGCAUGGCGACGACGGGUCAAGUAGUGAAGAGGCCGGCGACCAGCCCAGUCCUGCCUUUCGCCGGCGCCGCCCUAGAAGGAAGGUUGAGUCUGUCUCAGACUCUGAGGAGCGGCCACCUGCUGACCUUGACCCCCUGCUACUCACAGAGCCACAGAGACGCCAGCCCAGCGGGUGCCUCCACAAGUGUGUCCUGCUCGCCAUGGUGAUUGCUGUCAGCAUGGGGCUCGGGCAUUUCUACGGUGCAAUUCAGAGUGAGAGAUGGCAGCAGUUAGUCCCAAAGACACCUGCGAACGGAGCGAGUGACGCGGGGAGGCAGGGGUCCCCUCUGGAGGUGAAGACUUUGAAAGAAAGUCUUGGACGGUGUCGACUCCUGACAACUGCAGAAAAGAUGGCCCUUGAAACUCAGACGAGGAGACUCGCUGCGCACAGUCACCACCUGAGGGCGUCUCUGGAGCAGGGAGAGCAGACCACUGGCUCACUCCAGGAAGAGUUACGAAAGCUACGGGAGCAGAUUAGAAUAUUGGAGGGGAGAGGUGCAGGUGCUGAAUUAAUCCUAGAAAAUCAGAAGCUUAAGCAGCAUUUGCAUGAAGCAAAACAGAAAACACAUAGGUUCCUUAAUCAAAGGGAGAUUCUGUUAGCAGAAACAAAGAUGCUAAGAAGUGAACUGGAGAGAGAACAAAAGUCAGCAGCAUCUUUGCGGAGGGAAAUUUUGCACCUACAGGCUGGUCAGCGGCAGCCUGGGUCAGGCUCUCCCCACGAAAAGGAGACAGCAGAGUUACAGGAAAGACUCGCUGAGCUGGAGCAGAGGCUGAGCUUUGAGCAGCAGCGCUCUGACUUGUGGGAAAGGCUGUACAUCGAAGCCAGAGAUCAGAAUGGAAAACCAGACACUGGAAAGCAGAAGGCGGGCAGAGGAAACCACAGGGCUAAGAGUAAGUCAAAGGAAACACUUUUGGGAACAGUUAAGGAAACUUUUGAUGCCAUGAAGAAUUCUACCAAGGAGUUUGUGAGGCAUCAUAAAGAAAAAAUUAAGCAGGCUAAAGAAGCUGUGAAGGAAAAUCUAAAAAGGUUCUCAGAUUCAGUUAAAUCCACUUUCCGACAUUUUAAAGAUACCACCAAGACUAUCUUUGAAAAGGGCAAUAAAAGAUUUGGUACUGCAAAAGAAGCAGACACUGGGAAAAAAAAAACAGUUUUCAGCGGUUGUUCACAUCCACAGCAUGAAGCGCCCCCCCAAAACCAGAACCGCCGCAGCCCCAGCAUGCAGGGUGCUGGGAGCCAAGAGCAGCAGACUCGCUGGGCGUGGUCCGGAGGAACCGCGUGCCUCUACAAGGCUGGCACCACCAGUGGCUGGCAGGGAGCGUGUCGCUCCUCCCGAGAGGCUGGGCACCGGGUGCCUGGAACCGCUCGGCAAUUCUUCAGCCCCUGUGACACGGUGGCGAGUCCUGCACUGGCUGCUGACUUUAGGCAAGUAAUUAGAAGAUACUUAGUAAAAGAGCUGGACACUUUUCAUCAUUGGGAAGAACUUAAUGAAUUCAUCGAUCAGUGUAUCAUAAAGGGCCUCACAAGUCAGAAGACCUUCGCAGACUUUGUUAAUGAUGUCAUAGCUCAUCUUAAAAGCAUGGAGGAGUACCGAGCAGACAGUGGAGUGUUUGAGAAGUUGGACGGAUACAUAUGUAGACACUUUGCUGACCGUGUACUCCCGCUGUUCGGACCCAGGUCGGUUUACUUAGAACCGUGUCUUUAUAAUAGUUUCUAACACUUGUCUGAUGGGUAGUGCUUUGUAAUAUAGAGAUGUGCUUUAAUCUUGAAAGCUUAGAAUAAAUGGAAAGAUAGAGCUUUAAAAUUACAGCUAUUUCAUGUAGAAAAUUCCAUGCAACAUCAUCACUGUUGACUUGAGAAAAUGAUUGCUUUAAGAAUCAGUUAAGUCUAUAUAAAUCCUAUUUUCACUCAUUUUGUUUCACUCUAAUUUAUAUGAAAAGACAGUUGCCUUGUGUGAUCAAUCUAUUUAUAUGCUCACCAUAGUGGACAGUGCAGAUUUUUCUCUGAAAUCAGAGCCCAUAGUUAACAGCCCUCCUGUACCCCAUCAUUGCCAAAUUAUUAACACUUCUUACCGGGCUGCAUGUUAAGGGCAGUGGCAUGACCAGGAGGCAGCAGAGCAAGCCCAGAAUCCUUACGUGCCCAUCUGCCCGUUGCUUAUCAGCUUUUUACCCUGUAACAUGCAGUUCCCCUAACGUUCAAGUGUGAGCUUUACUUCUUGCCUCUGAGAUACAUCUAUAUAUUUGCAAAUAAAGGCAGCGUGUCUAUAGAAUAAUGAGACUGGUUCUGGUGUCUGGUGCCCUGGGCAGAGUGCUUGGCAUGGAGGAGCCCACAGUGAGGUGGACAGAGGCAGGCGUGUGGUGGCCACAGCCUCUGGAGGGUGGUGGAGAGGCUUGGUGAGGGAGGUGGCCUUCAGCCUCAGCAUAGGUUUCAAAGAGCUUUUGAAAGAAAUGAGAAUGGGCCCUAGAUUUAACUCAGUGGCAGUGCACCUGCCUGGAAAGAAGUGGGAAUGAGCUGCCCUGCAGGGAGGGCAUUUCACGCAGAAAGCCAGGUAGUGCCUGGGUGCAUCUGGAAGAUUUGGAUCACCAGUGGCCCUCACUGGAUCAUGAAGGCUUGUUUCAUAGGACAUGGACGGAGGAUCCGCAGAGGGUGUGGUGUGUGUGUGUGUGUGUGAGAGAGAGAGAGAGAGGGACAGUGCCAUCUAGAGUGCUGGCCAUGGCUGGAAGGAAGGGCCAGUGGAAAGUGAAGCUAGGAGGUGGGUGACAGGCAUGAGCUGGUGGUGCCUGGAUUAGGACAGCAGAGCACAAGGGAGACAUGUGGACAGAUUUCAUACAGCAGUGAAACACUGAAGAAGUGUGCCCAGAAUGGGCUGGAGAUGGUGGCAGCUGAGCUGAGAAGCAUGAACAAGGCUGCAGGUGGCACAAAGCCACGAGGCCCUCCAGGCCUCCUGAAGGCGUGCUCUUGCCCGGUCAGGGCGGAGGCAGGCAGUGUAGAUGCUGGGAGGAGCCGGGUGGGAGGAGGUGGAGCCUGGUGUGGGCUCGUGAGAUGUCGAUUUCUACAGAGGUAAAGCCAGCGGGGCAGGGAUUUUCAUAGAAUGGAGGGAAAGUAAUGGACACAUCUCAUUAUUUUAUUGUCACAUUUCUAUUCCUUGAGCAUUUUCUCUGCCUUGCCAGUAAAAUUUGUCCUUUGUUUUGUUUGUUUUGAGACAUGGUCUCACUGUAACUGUAGAGCAGAGGCUGGCCUUGAACUCAGGAUC